AUGUUGCGAUUUAAAUUCACCAUUGUACAUGUAGCCGGCAAGAAGAAUUUGGGACCUGAUGCUGCCUCCAGACACCCCGUUGGAAAAGGUGACCUGAUGCCACUGCCAGGUGAACCAGAGGAACUCAAAGAUUUCUACAGCCGAAGCGAGCUCCGUCGCACAACCCUGUUAAGUCUCAGUCAACACACAGUUGAUGACGACAUGGCCAACGAUACAUCUCUCAGUUCUGCUGCAGCCGCAACCAUCAACUCAGUGUCGCCAGUUAUCACAUGGGACAUGGUACGAGUAGAGACUGCCUCUGAUAGAGUAUCCAGAAUGCUUAUUGAGCAUAUACAAGACGGAUUCCCAGAGGACUGCAGAAGCGUGCCAGCAGAGGUCCGCCCAUUCCAGAAAUUUGCCAAUAGCUUAAGCAUAGUUGAUGGUGUUAUACUGAUGGGACACAGAAUCGUCAUUCCUGCAGCACUGCGUGAGCCAAUAUUGGAAGCUCUCCACUCCGCUCACCAAGGAGUCAGCGCUAUGCGUGCCAGAGCUGUUGAUUCUGUCUAUUGGCCUAAUAUAUCAAUUGACAUAUCGCGAAUCCGAGACAGUUGUGGGCAUUGUCAUCGAAUGGCAAAGUCCAACGCUAUGCAACCCCCUGCAGACAUAACUCCACCUGAUUACCCAUUCCAAAAGAUUUGCAGUGACUAUUUCACAUAUCGUGGUAAAGAUUAUGUGGUCAUUGUCGACAGGUACUCUAACUGGCCGAUGGUAUUCCGAUCCGAGUCCGGCGCCCAUGGCUUAGUCAAGCGACUUAGGGAGUCAUUUGUAACAUUUGGCAUACCAGAGGAAAUGACGUCUGAUGGAGGUCCUCAGUUCACUUCCGGGAUAACACAAGAGUUUCUCAAGUCAUGGGGAGUACGACAUAGGAUCACGUCAGUCGCAAACCCCCAUGCAAAUUGCAGGGCAGAGUUGGGAGUCAAAACAGUCAAGCGAAUGUUGUCAAACAAUGUUGGCCCAUCGGGCUUUUUGGACGUUGACAAGUUUCAGCGCGCCAUGCUGUUAUAUAGAAACUCCAUUGACCCAGAGACCAGAGUAUCCCCUGCCAUAAUCAUAUUUGGCCGACCUAUACGUGACUUAAUCCCAAUUCCCCUCGGCAGAUAUUCACCCCAUGAGACUUGGAGGGAGCUAAUGGGUCAUCGUGAAAAGGCCCUUGCCCGAAGGCAUUGCAUGGAACAUGAAAGAUGGAAAGCUCACACGCGACUGUUGCCACCUCUUCAAGUUGGGGAUCAUGUCUACCUCCAGAACUUAUUGGGUAACCACCCAAAGAAAUGGGAACGAACCGGGACAAUAGUUGAAGUGCGCCAAUAUCACCAGUAUGUCGUCAAAAUCGAUGGGUCUGGGAGAGUAACAAUCCGUAAUCGACAGCAUUUACGGAAAUUCAUCCCAUUCAGGAAGUCACCCACAGGAGGAGUGGCAGUUGACCCAGCUUUGGUAGCCAUGAGGCCUGUUGAAUUUCAUACGAGGCCGGAUAUUGGGACACCUAGGCUUGUCAAUAGGCCUCCUACACAGAAUUCAAAACCUAUGGAUGAAGUACAGAUACGACAAAAUGCCAGGACACCAUUGGAUAAGUCUGUUCCGGAUGACCUUUCUGACACACCAAGGCGGAUACCAAAUCCCACAAGUUCAAGAUCGUUGGAUUUCACCCCUCAAGAUUUUACAAACAAGGAUAGAUCAAAAGAUAACUUACCAGGUCUUGGAAAGCCUAAGAUUCCACGCGCCCUUGCAAGACUACAGCCAUAUAAUAAGCCUGGUCUUAAAGAGAUGUAA